GAGACCUCAGUUAUGUGUGUAUACACGAUGGAGUGCGGAGCGUACAUUCAACGUUCGUCCGAAAGACGAUGUGUGUAUGCGCGCCAACUAACAUCAUGAUGAUGAUGAUGAUUAAGUGUAUCGUUUGUGAUAAUGAGGAUGAUGUGAUUUUGGAUUGAUUUAAAGACAUAGUUUUUUUGUGCAGUUAACGUAAUUGACGUUUACGUAAUAACACCCACGCGGAAUUUUAUUUAACCAUACAAAUAUGUCUGUGAUAUUUAGGAUUAAUUAAUUACACGUGAAUGGGAACGUUGGAUAAUGACAAAAAGGAAGAACAGGAACAUGAGGACCAGAAAACAAAACGUGAGAAGAUGCUACUGCGAAGGACACUGUCCCGAUGGCCAAAGAAAUGGGACCUGCGAGCUCAGACCCGGCGGAAAAUGCUUCACCACGGCCCAAAUCGGAUAUGACGACAACGGUGACGAAUAUCCUCUCAGGUAUUACGGUUGUCUUCCACCCGACGAGGGAGGUAUCAUGCAAUGCAAAGGCCAUCUCGUACCACACGCAGAACCCAAAUCCAUAGAAUGCUGCGACAGCUCAGACCAGUGCAACCUCCACCUCAAACCCAUGUACCCUGAACGGCCGACCCCUGACGUCCCCCAAUACGGUCCCUUCGAUAGCCCUCCGUACAUUGUCCUCCUUACGUCGGUUACGUUCUGUAUAACCCUGUGUCUCAUCGUGAUUAUGAUUUGCUACUUAAGGUAUCGCAAAAAGCAAGUUUUUGUAAAUAAAGACUAUCCAGAAAAAUACCCUGCUAUGAAAAAAAUACAUCGUCAUCAUCUCAUUGAUGAGAAAAGUAGUGGUUCAGGGUCAGGGAUGCCUACACUAGUGCAGAGGACGAUUUCGAAGCAGAUUCACAUGAUUCGGUCAGUGGGAAAGGGACGAUAUGGAGAAGUAUGGCUAGCGAGAUGGAGAAGCGAAAGGGUGGCAGUGAAGGUGUUUUUCACAACGGAGGAACAGUCUUGGUUUAGGGAAACAGAGAUUUACCAAACGGUGUUGAUGAGGCACGAGAAUAUACUAGGAUUCAUUGCGGCGGAUAUUAAAGGGACGGGAUCGUGGACGCAGAUGUUGCUGAUUACAGAUUAUCACGAAAAUGGAUCGUUGUAUGACUAUCUACAAGAUCAUGUCUUGGAUACGAAUUCGCUGCUGACGAUGGUGUUGAGUAUUGCGAGAGGGUUAGCCCAUCUGCAUACGGAGAUUUUUGGCACAAGAGGGAAGCCGGCCAUCGCCCACCGUGAUAUCAAGAGUAAGAACAUCCUCGUAAAGUCGAAUCUGGAGUGCUGCAUUGCGGAUUUCGGUCUCGCCGUGAAGUAUUUCAGCGACACAAACGAGCUGGACGACCCCCGAGGCGUAAACCUCGUGAGCACUCGCAGCGGCACCCGUCGCUACAUGGCCCCCGAGAUCCUCGACAACAGCAUCAACGUUCGCAGCUUUGAGGCGCAGAAAAUGGCGGACAUGUACGCUUUCGGUUUGGUGAUGUGGGAGAUGUCAAGACGUUGCAUAACUGGUGAUAAAAUCACCACAGCUGACGAUUAUCAAGUGCCAUAUUAUGACUGUGUGUCAAGUGAUCCUAGUUUCGACGAGAUGAUGCAAGUAGUAUGUGUGAAGAACAUGAGGCCGCACAUACCGAUGCGCUGGGAGUCGGAGUACGUGCUGAAGACGUUGUCGAAAGUGAUGCAAGAGUGCUGGCAUGCGAACCCUUCGGUGAGGCUGACGGCGUUAAGGGUGAAGAAAAGUUUGUCCAAGUUGGACACGGACUCAUGUAUCAAAAUCGUUUAGGUAGAUGAGAUAAGUGUUCAGAAUUGUAAUCUCCAGAGUAGGGUCGUAUGGAAUAUUUACAUAACAAUUGUACAUAAAUUAUUUUGUUAAGUACCAAUAAUCCACCUACAAAGAUGCAGAAUGUGCCACAAUAUUCUCGGGUUUGAAAAAAGCAAUUUUUUCACUUUGAGCGUAAUAAGGACGAUAAUUGUUACAAAUUAACAUACAAUCCUACCAAUAAGUAACAAAUUGUACAUAGAAAUAAGUAAGGUUUGUAAAUAGUACCAUAUAAGUGAAGAUACCUGUAAGAAUUCAAAGUACCUAUACAUUCACAUAUGAAGUCUUUACGACAAUAUUCAACCAAACAAACGCAGAUGCAACGAUUUUUCUGUUUUUGGGAACUAUGGAGUCGAAGUUUUGCCAUAAACAGGUGAUCAGAAUUCACAAUUUCCUAUCAGUAGUGCCAUUUUUGUAAAUCCGGUUGAAUUUGAGUGAAAAGUUGUUGUGUCUGGAUUGGUGUUUCAAAGACAAUCGUCACUUUGGGUAUUUAUAGUAUCUUGAUUUCAGCCACUUGUUAAAAUUGCACUAAAUUCAGAUUAAGUUCAAAUUUGCUCAAAACAAUUUGUUUAUAUUCAAGUGCAAUGGAAUUAUUUUUGUUGUUUUUAUAUUACUGUAAAUACAUUUUCUUCCUUUUUCCGUUUCAUUUUCUUCCCUGAGAAAUAUAGGCCGUGUGACUGUAGUAUUGUGCAUUUAUGUUUGUAAAUAUACAUUAUCUUUUGUAAUAAUGUGAAAGUUUCAAAAUUGUUUUUUGGAUGUGCAGUAAUAUUGCAAGACUGAUAUAUUUUGAAUGUGUAUACAAAAAUAACAUGUAAUAAAUAGUUUAUAGAAAA